AUGUCGAGCACUAUCGGAGGCGACGUGGUCAACGAUGCGAUAGCAAGUCGGAUACCAGUCGAUGCGCAACCCCUUGGAAGAGCCAGUCUUACCAUCCACAACCCUGGCGAACACGAUCAUGAGUCUGUAAACAAAGAGGCCAACAUCGAUGUCGAAGCCAUCGGCGAGCGCUCGGCAUCAGUCAUCGAGCGCGAAACUUAUCCUGAACCAACAGAAGAAGAAACGCGAACUCUUCGAAAAGUUGCCGACACUAUUCCUGCGACUGCGUAUACUCUCUGCUUUGUUGAGCUUGCAGAACGAGCUUCGUACUAUGGCGUCAAGACCGUCUUUUCCAACUUCAUGCAGUUCCCUCUACCAAAGGGUGGCAACGGUGCAGGCGCUCCAGCUCGUGGUACCCAAGGUACAGCUGGGGCGUUGGGCAAAGGUCUUCAGUUCAGCAACGCUUUUACGUUGCUUUUCGCCUUCUUGUCCUAUAUCGUACCGAUUGGUGGUGCGUGGCUAGCCGACGUCAAAAUGGGCCGCUUCAAAGCCAUCUUCUUGGGAGUCGUGAUCUGUGGUGUCUCACACAUCAUUAUCAUCUGCGGCGCCAUACCUUCUGUCCUGCAAGCUGGCAACGGUAUUGCACCCUUCAUGAUCUCCCUCUUCUUGCUGGCAAUAGGCGCUGGAAUCUUCAAACCGAACGUGGCUCCAAUGAUUCUUGACCAAUACAAGCAUCAAAAGGCCUAUGUCCGAGCGCUGCCUUCGGGAGAACGAGUUGUCGUGGACCCUGAAACGACGGUUCAGCGUACGAUGUUACUCUUCUACGGCUUUAUCAACAUCGGUGCGUUCUUCAUGAUCGCCACCACUUACUGCGAAAAGUAUGUUGGCUUCUGGCUUGCGUAUCUGUUGCCAGGAAUUGUAUUUUUCCUGCUUCCGGUUCUGCUCUGGUACCUCCGCAACAAGCUGGUUCAAUAUCCUCCUGAUGGAACAGCUCUCGCUAAGGUGUGGAAGAUCAUCACUGUCGCCUUCAAGUACAACAAAGGCGUCUUUUGGAAAGGCUCCUUCUGGGAUGCCGCGAAACCAAGUGUACUGGCUGCACGUGGUGUGUCGCAGUUCAACCACAAGGCGAUUUCCUGGACAGACAAGGACGUUGAUGAUGUCCGCCGUACAAUGAUGGCGUGUGCUGUCUUCCUCUACUUCCCGAUCUACGUGAUGAAUGACGGAGGCACUGGCUCUGUGUCAACCAGCCAGGGCUCUACUCUUACGACGAAUGGUGCACCGAACGAUCUUUUGCACAACUUCAACCCUCUGACAAUCAUCGUCACCGUCCCAAUCCUGUCAUACGUGGUUUACCCGACGCUCGCAAAAUGGAAUCUAAGCCCAGGCCGAAUCACCCGCAUUACCAUCGGCUUUGGUCUUGCGACGCUCUCUGGCGUCGUCGGUGCCAUAAUUCAAUACAAGAUCUAUCAAACCUCUCCAUGUGGCUACUACGCUACCGGCUGCAAGGUUGGCACUGGGGUCUCUCCAAUCAGUGUUUGGGUGCAGAUCCCCAUCAACAUACUGGGAGCUCUUUCAGAGUGCUUUUGCAACGUCACGGCUUAUGAGCUUGCGUAUGCUCGCUCACCAGAAGGCAUGAAGUCGCUUGUCAUCUCGCUGUUCCUGGCAUCAUCGGCUUUGUCGUAUGCCAUGGGCGAGAUACUGUCGCCUGCUAUCAAGGAUCCUUACCUCAUCUGGAUCUGGGCAGGGCCAGCCAUUGCGCUGGCUGUUCAGACUGUGAUCUUCUGGUUCAGGUAUAAGAAGUUCAACAAGGACGAGUUCAUGACUUAUGAAGAGCCAAAGGCAGCUUCAGGGGGAAGCUCAUUGGUCGCCGAAAGUCAGGAGGUGAAGGCGACAGCAAAGACUGAAUAG